AUGGUGCGGCUCACCCUCGAGGACUCUGCUGGCGCUCUGGGCAGCCAAUACCUGACGACCGUGACGGUCGGGUCAACGCAGUCGUCCGCGCAGAGGGGGCCGAAGAGCCAUUUCGACUUCCCUAGUGUCGCUGGCACUUCAGAAACAGCCCAGGUGGACAUCUACCGGAAGGUGGGUACCUGUAAGGUGGCAUUCAAUCCUGCGACCACCGAGCGGGUGUCCUGCCAAGUUCAACCGGAUGGCGAGCUCAAGACGCUGGACUUGACGCUGCAGACAAGCCCAGAACAGUCCGAGCUCUCUUGGAACAACAUCUUCGGUUGGUGCAACUCGUCGACGGACGGCGCAGAGGCGGCGGCCAGUGUCAGUGCAGUGCCAGUUUCAGAGGGUGCGGUCAUCUUGCCUGGCCAAACCGGGCCUAGAAUGCUUGUCCUUACGGACGUUGGCGAGGAGAUCGAUGACGAAGCCUCGCUGUGGCUACUCCAUCAGCAUCUCAAUGCCUCCCCCGCGCUGGAGGCGGACAUUGUGUUUGUCACCGGUUCUCCACUCGAGCGGGCCACGAGAUGGGCACAAGUGCUGAACUCCUUGCCGGAGAACCACGUUCUUACCGAAAGGAUCCAGUACUACGUUGGUCCUACAACGACCAGGCACAUGCGGUACCGGAUGAUGGCGGAUGCUGCCGAGCUCUUGAGUGCUGGCUUGGCCACGCUCAUCAACAAGCCGUUUCUGGGAGGAGAGUAUGACGUGGUCCUCCAAAUUUCGCCGAUUUCAGGCUUCUCGUCGGACUUUGCCAGCCCACCUACGGGGCCCUUGGGGGCACUGGCACACGUGGUUCCAAGACCGGGAGCCAAAGGCUUGACCUACAUCGUGGUCGGCGGUGAGGGCGCGACGAAUUUUCCCCGGGAUGAGCUCCACAUAGGCUUCAAGAAGUACAUGACAGAGAAAGGUUUUGCGGCCGUGCACGUUGAGAAGGCCAACUACCUGAACUGGGAAAAAGCAAUGUUCGAGACAUUCCCGCCGAAGCUGACAGAGCUCGUGCUGGAUGACGAGUGGAACAAGGCAGUUGGCCGAAUACCUCCCAUGGUUGCGAAUCUCUUCGUGCGCUUCCGUGUGAACACCCUGGUGAACUACGAAGUUGUUGAUCGCGCCUUCGCAGCCUUUGAAGAGGAUCUGCGAGGAACGCCGGACUAUGUUCGCGCCACGAAGUGGUAUAUCUCCGUGGAGAAGAAGGUACUCCAGAGCAUCCGCGAAGCAUAUGUCAAGAUCUCCCGAGAGUCAGACAACAAGUCGAAAGAUACCUUUGGCAACGUCCCUGUCAGCGAGAAGGUGAAGGGGAUGAAGAUGUCUUGGGAAUCGAUCUGUUCCCGAGUGUGCGUCAGAGACAUUUUGGCGAGCACGGACAUCACAGAGACGACCUUCUCCAAGCAGACGGUGGAUGACGUCAUGGGACAUGCCAUUACCAAUAUGACGAGCAAGCUGCUGAAAAUCUAUGCUUUCAACAGGUAUGUCAGUGGUCGUGACCCAGACGUCGCUCAGUUGGAGCCGUACCUCCUGGGGACCAAGGACACCUCGCCCAUGGACUUUCGAAAUUUCCCGGAGCUACACGGCGACAUCUCGGCCAUCCAGAAGGAGGUCGUCGGCAAUCCGAUGUACGACCCUGCUGGUAUGCUCGUGGGCCUUGUAGCCAUGAGCGCUGACGAAGAGCAGGCGUCGAAGCUUGCGAUGAAGCUCUCGAACACGGAGUCCCUGAUUUCGCCGGAGGACCGGACACUAGCGAUGAAAAACGCCUAUGCUGGCCAAGGAGCUCAAGCCCUGGUGGACAUCUUCUUCGCCGAGAAGGAGGAGAAGAUUACCCGUGCUGCGACCUUGAGCACAGAAGUGCGUCUGCUCUUUAUCACGGAUGCUGGAGACGAAGCGGACAAUGAAGCCGCGCUCUGGCUUCUUUCAACUCACCUUGAGAACAUUGAGGAGUUGCGUGUGGAUGUCGUUUUUGCGACAGGGAAUCCUGCUCUUAGAGCUAUGCGUUGGGCGAAAAUCCUCAACUCCCUGAAGAAGGAGGACAUUCCCGGCGUCAAGAAAAUUCAUUACUACGUCGGCCCCGAGACGAAGCGUGAGAUGAGGUACUACACAAAGUACAACCCAGCAGACCUGAAAACGGCCGGCAUGGUAGAUCUGGAGGAGAGCAUUUGGGAUGGUGGCAAGUACGCCAUCAUCAUCCAAGCAUCGCCACUGGAAGGAUUUUCGGAGAACUUCGUUUCUCCCCCCGGUGGUCCAGAAGGCUCGUUGGGACGCCUCGAGCCGAGCUUUGCGGGGAACGGCGCGCCGCUCUACAUUGUGGUCGGUGAGGAGGGGACAACCAACUUCCCAAAAGAUCAGCUUCAUAAGAAGUUCAAGGACCACGUGCUGCAGAAAGGCUUCAGGGCCUGUCAUGUGGGCUCCAACAACUACAUGCACUGGAGAACCGACUUCUUCACCUCCUUGCCGGCCAUUCUCAUGAAGGAGGCCUUGCAGGACGAAUGGAAGAAGGCCGUGGGUCGAAUACCUCCAGACAUGUCCAACGUCUUCAUCCGCUUCAAGGUAAACUCGAAUGUCAACUAC